CCUCUUACUCACUCCGCCCUCGCCCCCGCCACCUCAUCGACGCCUCGAAGCCGAACCCUGGGCAAGGAAAAAUACCUAACCCUAGCUGGUCCGCCAUGGCCAGGGAGGCGUCGUCGUCCUCCGCGCCGGGGCCCUCAGAGUUACCGCCGGCCGCUGGUGGCAGCGGCAGCGGAAGCGGCGGGGACAUGCCGCGAGUGCCGCGGCAGCGCGCCCGCGGCGACCCGCUCCUCAUCGUGUGCGGCUGCUUCAGCGUCGUCACGGCCGCCACCGCCUUGCUCUGCGUCGCCGUCAACGUCCUCUCCGCUGUCCAGUCCUUCCGCCGCAACGGUGGCUACAUAUUCGGGGGCAUAUUCCGGUGCUAUGCGGUGGUGAUCUCGCUAUUCGUGGCCGUCCUCGAGACUGAGUGGGGAUUCAUCAUCAAAUUCUGCAAGAUAUUGGAAUACUGGCCUGCAAGGGGGAUGCUACAGAUAUUUGUUGCUGUCAUGACAAAGGCAUACCCAAACGUUGAAAGGAGCGAUCUGAUUUUGCUUCAGGACAUUGCCAGCUAUCUGCUCCUUGCAUGUGGACUAAUCUAUGUAAUCUCGGGGGUAUUAUGUCUUGGUGUACUAAAGCGUUCUAGGCAGCAGAAAGCAACAUCACGAGAGCAAGCAGCCAAAGAUCUGCAGGAGCUGGAGAAGCGGAGAGAGGAACUCGAGGCACUGCUAAUUGCUGAGAGGUCCGAAUUGGUCUGAUGAAUCUGAGCACGACGAUUUAACAUUUCUCACGUGGUGUAGAUAGAUUGUUGCUCCUGCUAAUUGCAUGCCGCUUUUUCAUGGUCAUCGAAUUUUCAUUGGGAGUGCCCCCUUUUCCUGUGUUCCAGUUUUCGUCUAGAUUUCUGCUGAAUUUGGUUUCUGGUGUGAGCAUUUUAGUGGAUGCAUGGAUCAAGCGGGAUUGUGUUGUCUCAGUUGUGUUGGAUUUAUGUCAAUGCCGUAGGCCUCAAAAUGUACCAUGCUGACAUGGUGUGUGUUUGUUGUCUCAGUAGUCUUUGUCUGAACCAUGGAUGCUAAAUAAAUUUCUGUAUUUUGUGUAAUAGAGGUCCAUGCCUGCUUAACUUCUGAGAUUUGAAUUCAAGUAGGUUGGUUUCAAGCAAUUUAGAGUUGGGAUUCUUGAUCUGAUAAUGCGUAUGUGCCGUUGCAAACUUCAUAACAAGUGUUGAGAAAACCA